UUCUACUUUAUCUCCAGACAGGAGCUACAGCGACGUCCUGGAAUCCAUCGACAAAAAGCUAACCAGCCUGGAUGCCCGUCUCGCCUUGGUAGAAGUCCUACAUAAUGAGUUUCACGCCCUGAGAGAGUCGGUGGAAUACAGCCAAGCGCAGCUAGCCUCAAUUACCGCUGAGAAUGAAGCACUGAGGGUGGAAGUCACAAAGCUCACCGAGGGGAUGAUCCAGCUGUCCGGCAUCCCGGAGCAGCAGGAGGAGGAUCCCGAGGUGACAAUCCGUGAGUUCCUCCAGCAGAAGCUGAAAAUCCCGGCGGAUCAGGUUCUGACUCGGGAUCUGUGCUUGGAUCACGGACUCUGGUUUUUCCCUUCGGUCAUCCUGCCUGCCUAUGUCAUCCUGGAUUUAAACCAUCACCUGCCCUUUAAUAAACUGUCUUUAAACAUUUCCUAUCUUGUCUGGCUGAAUCCUGGGUCCUCUGGUUCUGUUCAUUACACAUACAGCAUAACUACGGUGUGCUGGGCUCAGAUGCAGAGCGGAGGAGAUGGCGUCCUCAGUGGAGCAGUUCUGCCAAAUGUCGUGAGGAUGGGCGGGGGCAGGUGGGCUCUCCUCAUCCUCCGCAAAAAGUACAAGCGUUUCUGUGCCCUCUUCACCAGUGUCCACGGAGUGCGAGAAGAGCCCCAGUUUGUGACAGCGCAUGCAGGAGAGAGCAUCAUCUUGGGAUGCGACGUGCCUCACCCACUGAACGGAAAGCCCUAUGUGGUGGAGUGGUUCAAGUAUGGAAUGCCAAUCCCUUUCUUCAUCAACUUUCGGUUCUACCCUCCUCAUGUGGACCCAGAAUAUGCCGGCCGGGCCAGUCUGCACGGCAAGUCGUCCCUGCAGAUAGCGAACGUGCGUUCAGACGACCAAGGCUGGUAUGAGUGUAAAGUGCUGAUGCUGGAGCAGCAGUAUGAUACCUUCCACAAUGGCAGCUGGGUGCAUCUAACUGUCAAUGCUCCCCCAACAUUCAAAGACACACCACCUCAGUAUGUCGAGGCCAAGGAAGGGGGAAGCAUCACGUUGACCUGCAAUGCUUUCGGCAACCCAAAACCCUCUAUCAGCUGGCUGCGUGACGGCAGCGUUCUGGUCAGCAGUGCCAAGUACAAGGUGUCUGACGGGAAUUUGACGGUGCUAUCCAUCACCCGGGAAGAUCGUGGAGCCUACUCAUGCCGAGCCUUUAGCCCCCAGGGAGAGGCCAGUCACACAACAAGGCUGCUAGUACAAGGCCCUCCAUUUAUUAUAACACCACCAGAGAACAUAACAGUGAACAUCUCGCAGGAUGCCUUUUUCACCUGCCAGGCGGAGGCCUAUCCUCGCAACCUGACAUACACCUGGUUCUGGGAGGAGGACAACGUCUUCUUCAAGAAUGCUUCUCUUCGUAUCCACAGUGACCUCAAGCGGAGAGUCAGUAUUCUCAUUGAUGGUUCCCUCAUCAUUGUGCAAGUCAAGCCAGAGGAUACUGGGAAAUACACCUGUUCCCCCAGCAACAGCCUAGGCGUACCACCGUCUGCCUCUGCCUACCUAGCAGUUCAAUAUCCUGCCCGUGUGGUAAACAUGCCAUCUGUCAUUUAUGUGGCCAUUGGUCUCCCAGGCUUCAUCCGCUGUCCAGUAGAUGCCAACCCCCCCCUAACUCUGGUUAAGUGGAAAAAAGAUGGUCUCCCUCUACGGAUAGACAAGUACCCUGGUUGGAGCCAGAUGGAUGAUGGGAGCAUCCGUGUUGCAGAGGUGACAGAGGACUCUCUUGGCACCUAUACCUGCAUGCCUUACAAUGCCCUGGGUUCCAUGGGAUGGUCUCCUCCUGCUCCCCUGGUGCUAAAGGACCCUCCAAAAUUCUCUGUGGUUCCUGGAGGGGAGUACAGACAGGAGGCUGGAAGGGAACUUGUCAUUCCCUGUGAGGCAGAAGGAGAUCCCUUUCCGAAUAUCACAUGGAGGAAGGUAGGGAGGCCCAGUAAAAGCAAGCACAAUGUUCUGCCUCGGGGCAGCUUACAGCUGAAGUCACUCACAAAGGAUGACCACGGGGAGUGGGAGUGUGUCGCCACCAACGUUGCCACAAGCAUCACUGCCAGCACGCAUGUCCAAGUCAUAGGCACAAGCCCCCACGCCCCCACCAGCAUCCGUGUCGCAGCCUCCUCCACCUGGGCCAACGUGUCCUGGGAGGCUAGCUAUGAUGGAGGCUUCCAGCAGACAUUCUCAGUCUGGUACGGCCAUGUGCUGAAGAGGGAGCGUUUAGGUCCACACGAUUGGGUUUCCAUACCCGUACCUGGGGGUCAGGACUGGAUGGUGGUGCCAGGCUUGGAGCCAGAGACAACAUACCAGUUUAGUGUCCUGGCUCAAAAUAAGCUUGGCACAGGCCCCUUCAGCGAGGUUGUCACUGUGAACACUCUAGUAUUUCCUACAAGUACCCCUGAACCAUUGGUGCUGCUUACCCCACCACGGUGCCUCACAGCCAAUCGCACGCAGCAGGGAGUCCUGCUCACCUGGAUCCCACCUGCCAAUCACACAGCACCGAUCCAGCAUUAUGUAAUGGAGUUUCGUCUGGGGGAACGAUGGGAGAUCUUGGACGACAGCAUUCCUGCAGGAGAGUUGGAGCUGCUUGCCCGAGACCUUAUCCAGGAGGCUUGGUAUGAGUUUCGCAUCACAGCCGUCAUGGAUGACAUGACCAGUGAGCCUAGUAACGUAGUAGGAGUGUCCAGCACAGACUUCUUCCCCCCGCCAGAGAUGGUGGAGGAGCGCGGACUGACACGGCCUGUGGUGGCUGGCAUCGUGGCCACCAUCUGCUUCCUGGCUGCAGCUGUCCUCUUCAGUACCAUGGCUGCCUGCUUUGUCAACAAGCAGCGGCGGAAGAAGCUCAAGAGGAAAAAAGAUCCUCCACUGUCCAUAACCCACUGCAGAAAAAGCAUGGAAACACCAAAACGUCGAGGUGCGUUGAGUGCCCAUUUGAGGUCUGAGAGGAGUGAUGCACUGAGAUACCAGCGUAUUAAAAAGGCCAAGAAGAUGACGAUGAACAACAAUAACUCCAAAACCAGAAAGAAAGCAGGUGUCUCCACCUCUCAGACCCAGCAGGCCUACACCUCUCAGGUACUCCAGCCCGAAGAAGCGCUCUACCUCUGCAAGAAGAAGAAACGGCCCAUUCUUCAUGACCCGUACACUCGCUUUUCUGCCCUGCUGUACCGCCGUCCACCACGGGAGGACCAGAAGGCCAUUUUAGCUAGCGUAGACAACAUGGACCUAGACCAUGCCACCUUCCUCUGAAAGGCCCCAGAGAUGAGGUCACAUCUAGGGACACACUCCCAUUACUAUUCCAUCAAAAUUUUCAUUAGCUGCAUCUCAGCUGGACAAGACAACAAAGUCAGUGGAGUGUUUUUAUUUUUAUUUAAUUUAUCCACAAAUUUAAAACAGGAAUACAUUUCAGAGUUCAGAUUUAGUGUAAUCUGUAGCUUCACACUUGGUUUAUUAAAUUUACACUUAUUAGCAGGUUGUUGUUGACAGUAACCUUGGUUACUUUAGGGUAUAAACUGAAAAAAGACUAAUUCAGAAAACAUUUUCUAGUAGAAUAGAAAAAAAAAACAUUCUUGGACAAAUCUUUUUUUCUCACUUUACUUUAAAUAAAAGUAGUACUAAAGAUAAAUUAGAAUGAUAUCACAGAUUGGAGUUGUAGUUGUAAGACUAUUCCUGUGGAAAAAGUUGAAUGAUUUGUUUAAAGUUUUAUAGCUAGAGAUGCUCCAAGGCACAAACAUGUUCUGUAUAAUCUUAAAUCAAUGACUAUUCCCUUCUAAUAAGAACUUCACUGAUUUUGAGUUUCCGCUCAAAUAUUUACUCCAGUGCAAAAACCUGAAUUUUACAAAAAAGUGACAGGACUUGAUUAUUUCCCUCGGUUUUCCCAAAGUUGUCCCUGACAGCUUCAUUGGCGAGUUGAAAUUUUUCAGGCUGAACUCAUGUUUGCUGAGCUGAGCCAGUUUCUCGUUGAUUCCAGCUUCCCUCCCACACCUCUGUUUACGGCUCCUUCCAAUGAAUUUUCUGCCUCAUAUAUACGGACGAUCUUAGUUUCCUACUGAUUACCUCGCUGCACACAAGACCACACAACCAUCAGACUCAACCAGCUCAACAAUUCAGCUUUUCCUGUCUAAUUAGUAAAUACUUUUGCUCCUCUACUGCAAUGUUUAUCUUUCUUGUGGUUUUAAAGAAGACAUACUUUCUGUUCCGUUGAUCUAGCUUAUAACAUGCUGAAAAUAACACUUUAAACUUUUUGAUCUGCUUGUUUGAGGAAUGGCAAAGACAACUUUUUUCAUUCUAAAUUAUACAAAUGCUGUCUGACAGCUACAGUAUUUGCACUGGAGUUAAAUUUUAUCAGUUUCAUAACGUUUGCCUCUCCUUUUCUUGCAGAGUUGAGGGUUUCAAAUUCUGUUCAGAAAGUCAUGCCAAAAAGGUUCCGAAAAAAAUUGUAGAUUGUGGAUGAUAGGAUUUUGUGCCAUAGUAUAUUGGUGUAAACAUAAAAAAAACAUUUUUUUUUUUUUUUUUUUUUGCCUUAAUCAGAUUUUCUGCCUGUUUUACUUGUCAGUUUUUUCAAAUGAGCUUCAUGUUUUAAAUUUUCUUUGUAGGUGAGUAGCUGCAUGUUCAGAGAGCAGUGGGAGGCAUUAAAGGUAGAACAAAGUGAGCCAAAAGGCAUAUUUACCACUGGCUCUAGUAAGCAGUUUAUUAUUUAAUGCUCUGUUUAAAACUGCAUGAGAACGAGGACACUCAGCAAUGACUUUUCAUUUACAACGUGAUCAAAGAAGGUGCCAAAACACAGCUGUAUCUUACUCUGCACAUUCUGCUGGUCGAAAUCACAGACAGUGGACAUGUGCUCUAACAAUUAGCUCUUAUAUUUUUUACCCUCCAAGGUGCUCGGUUUCUUUACGUUGUCUAAUUACUUUAAGAUGUCAUGGGAACAUUUGCUGUGAAACAAAGCAUGCAUAAAGUUUCAUGUCAGAUGUGCAAUUUUAUGCAUUUAUUUCAGUUUUUUGUGAUCUCAAGCUGCUAGUCCUACAAAGUCUUCAGAAGUCUGCCAUAUUUUUACAAUCCUGAGUUAGUGUUCUGGUUCAGAUACAUAUUCACGGUACUUGCAGACAGAAGUGCUAUCUAUGGUGUAGUCUGGAAAAUAUUUUUGUUAAUUUAUAUUUUACAUAUAUACUACAGAGGAGAAGAUCAUCAGAAAUAAAAAAAAUAAUACAUUUAAAAUCCUUUUCACACAUACAGGUAACAUCUCAAUAAAUUACAAUUUUCUAUCAAAUGAUUCCAAAUGAGUGAUAUAUUUCUGUUAAUUAUGAUGAUCAUGUUUUAAACCAAAUGAAAACCAAAAUUGAUUUUCUCGGAAAAUUAUUUUUAACCCAAAAAACAAAUUUUUUGACCACGUUACAUCCUAAACAUUCACAAACCAAUAAGCUGACAAAUUUUUCAGCAGAGUCAUUCACGUUGGAUAUCAGGACCUUUAGUGAUCAGUACUGAGUUAAGAAUAUCCAUAGUCUGAUAUUGAGUUGCAGUACAAUAUUUCAUUAAAUAUGCUUAAAAAGAUGCCAAUUAAAUGCUUGUAAACUCCCCAUUAGUUUUACAGCGUAGUGAAAUCAUCAUGAUUGCACUUAGUUGCUAGUUGUGCUCAUGAUACUGGACUCUUUCCUGUUGCACAUAUUUAUUUCCACCCGGAAAUUCUGCAGGACAGCCUUAAUAUGCAGCUCCAACCCACAUUAACUUGGUUCUGAAACCUACUACAAUGUUCUGACAAGCCUUACGUAAAGGGCCCAUGACUUUAUCAUUCAAUCAUCCCUCCAUUGGUCAAACCUGCUAAUUAAUGAAGGGUCGCUGGGGGGCUGGUGGCGAUCUCCAGCUAUCAUUAGGACUGAUCCAGUGUUCAUCACAAAGCAGCUUUAGCAUUAGAUGCUAAACUGAUAUCUGGCUCAAGACAAACAUCUGCCGUCUUAAAAUAAGUCACCUUCCUUCUUUAGCCUACAUGCACAUGACUUACAGAAUUGGUAAGCUAACCAUUAGCCUGUUAACUCUGUUUUUGAUUACACAUUGUAAUAAGGCGUGUUUGCAGGAACAAUUGGUGCUUUGUUAUUAAGACAGACUAUAUAAUGAUUAGACCUGAGCUACGCGCUGCUCCCUUUGCUACGGAGAACAGUGUAUCUGUGUGGGACUGGUGGAAAGGCAGGAUGACAUAUGACACCAACAUUCGUGUCCCUAAAGUUUUUCUCUCUCUCACUGGGGAGAAAAGUACAGAUAAAAUCAAGAAAACAAUGUUCAGGAACUGCUGAACAGUUUUACAAACCCUGAAAGGCAAAAUAAGCUGUGAUUGGCAAAAACUACAUCUCCUUGGGCUGUAGCUGAUAACCUCAGAGCAUAGACAUAAAACAUGGUGAGAUGAGUUGUCAGGGACACCAAACAUGUGAAAAAUGUAGUGAUUGGGACCCGAUCAGAUCACUUCAUCAUUGCUAAAGAGAUCGGCUGCUCAGAGUUCUGUAGGGAAUCUACUGGCUAAUGUGAGAAGAAACAGGAGACGACCAGAGCUAACAAUGAAAGCCGUUAUAAACUCAACCUGGGCUUCUUCUCAGAGCCACAGGCUGAUCACCUCCACGCUACACUGCACUGAUGAACUGAUUCAUACAAAAGGAGGCCUGACCAAGCCUUCAGUGUUUACAGUGACAGACCUUCCAAACGGCCCACGUUUCUCUUUCGUAGGAAUAACUGAUUAACUGUUGGGUUUUCAUUAGCUGUAAGGCAUAAUGAUCAGAAUAAACAGACUUAAAGGCUUGCAAUAUAUCACUUUGGAUGUAAUGAAUCACUAAUAUAUGACAGUAACACUUAGAAUUCAAUAACUGAGAGGAAACAAUUUUUUGAUGACACACUAAUUUAUCAAGAUGCAUCUGUUGUGGAGUUGAUUUAAAAGCAUUGCUGUAAGAAACCUGGUGGCUUUGGUCAAGAUGGAAAUGUGCCUCUACAUGUGCACCCAGUGUGGAAAUAACUUUGAAAUUCUAGAAUUUAUAUAAAUAUGUUAACUGAUAGAAAUCAUCAGUCUUGAUGCAACAAUAUUAAUUUCAAUUGAGAUCAAGCAGCAUACGUUCAUCAGUGGUAAACUUACAGAGACAUCUUUUCAGUUCUGUGCUAAUCUAAGGUUCUACGGUCUAAUUCACAACACUGUCUUCACGUUCUUUUUGCAAUUACUGAUGUGAUGUGAUUAAGAUUUAUCAAUGAUGCAGCCAUCCAAUCACAGGUGGCAUCAAAUCACCUGAAGGUGCUAAAGGAGAAGCUGACGGAUCCUUCCAUGAAUAACUACUAACCCAUGUCUGAAGCUGUAUUUUUUUAGUGUUCGAUGGAAAAGAUUAGAGUUCUGAUUGGUUUUAAAACCCUAUAGCAGGAGAAGAAAGGAGCUCUUCUUCCACAUACAGCAUGGUAAAGCAGGGAGAAUAUUACAAAACUGGUGUUGCUGCCAUAAUACAAAAUUAAAAGGGAAUAAAAGUGGCAGUUUCCUUUUUAUCAAGGUGUUUUGCUGCAAUUGUCUCUAAGCAGAUACUUGGAUUCUUUUAUCACAGAGGAUCUUUUUAUGAGAGAAGUGUUGGGAAUUUGAUAGUAGGAUUUGCAGACAUUGUAGAAAGCUUGCAGCACUUAAAACAGAUACAAACGUUAUAGCAAAUAAAUCCCUAACUGAGACUGUGAUAAGUGUGGUGGUGUGGGGUGGAUAUGACUAUGAGUAGUCGUUAUCUUACCUGCAAUUGAUAAUACACAUAUAGUGUCUUUGCUUUUCAUGAAUGCAGAUUAGUUUCUUUGAAACCUGGAGCAGACAGGGUGGAGCCAAGACCAAAGCAGAUUUCUACCAUCCCAAACACAUAGCACUCCAUUUAACCUGCGUUUUAUACGCCUUUAAAUCAUUGUCUUACACGCACAAAAUCAGCAUCUCUAUUAAAGUCUGUAGUCAUAUAUACUGAACACAGGGUUGGGCAAUAAGCUGAUCUUGGCAUGACUAAUGAAAGAUGUUUAUCAGCUUUAAUAAAGAUAUUUAAGGAAGUACCUUUGUAACUGUAGAUAGCUCAGUACAUAAAGCAUUACCAGCCAACCCUAAAACCCACAUGUGUAUUACUAAAAUGCCAUGUUCUCUUCUGCUUCCCAAUUUGAGGGGCUAAGAGGGACUAACAGAAUUAGCACUUAAUGUUGUGUUAUAUUUUAACAAAAUUAAACAAAAAAUUACUAAGAACAGAAUUACUGUUAGUUUUACAUUAUAGUAGUUGGUAGGAGAACUAAGUGUUGCACUACUAGCUAUUAAUGUUAAAAACAGACAAAACAUUUUUUUUUGCAUGCCCACACCCUCCUCCCUUCCCCCACUGAUUUGAUGUACUUAAAUUGAAAGUUGGAUUUUUCUUAAUACUUUAGUGUGAAACAUUUUCAUUUUAAUUAUAGCAUUUGUAAUGAUAUUGUCUGUUCACAAGGCAAGUUUCAAUUUUUACAAAAUGUUUUGGGGAAAACUAAGAAUUAUCCUAUGUUUAAAAAAAGUCAGAAACUGCAGAAUAUUCUAGUUCAGGUUUGUUCUGUAUUUUAGAUUUUGAUCUAGUGAUAAUUAAAUGUAUCAUUAGUGAUAUGUGUUUUAAAGCAUUAGUGAGGCGAUACAGAACACCUGAAAUGCUGUGACGCAGAUUAGGUCACUGACUGCUGACAGCAAAUGUAAUGCUCUUUGUAAGACUUUAACAAGAACUACUGUCCUUUUAGUACCGAACAAUCUGACCUAGUAAAAGAUUUUUAAGAUUGUACUUCUUUUAAAAUGGUAGUUAUCUGGUUUCAGUCUUGGCCCUACUCCGAUUAGCAUUUAGCUCAACAUCCAGAAAGAAAGAAAAAGGUUCUGUACUUUUAUUUUAUAGACUACAAAUUACUACCAAAAAGAACAUACAAAAACUUCCCUUCAGAAAUCAUAAAGACUAAAUAUAACUAUAGCAUAAAUAAAGAAACAUUACAACUAAAACUUAAACAGAAGGUUAUCAUUUGCUCCAUGCAAAUAAAAUGGAUCUAAAUUAAUAUAAUGCUAUGAUUGUUUCCUCUGGAUUUAAAGAAGAGGGCUUUUCUAAAUUGGUUUAUGUUAAGUAACAAUCUAAGAUUUAGAAGUGUUGAAUAGACCUUAAUUCAAAAAGAAAAGCUCUGUGUUUCCAGUCGCUUGAAAGGUGCUAAUUUAUGCUAAUUUACGUUUACCAACCUUAGAGGAAAGCCUAACGGGUCUGACCUGACAUAUUUUCCUGAACUGCUGGCUGCAGACAUAUUCAGACAGACCAUGGUCCAGACGGAUACCAUGUGUCUUUGAAUGAUGCGGGUACUCUGAUGACCUUUGCCGCUGAUCAUUGCUGCUUACUGCAGCAACAGAAAUGAGUAUUGAUCAAAAACUAUGUAAAACCUGGCUAGAGUACUGAAAUGCAUUCUAGAUUAAAAGUACAGUUAAACAGAUACUUUAGCACUGUAAAUAUUUCAAAUAAGUUUACCAUAUGAUAUAUAAAAAUAUAUAUAUAUAUAUAUUUAUUUUGUAGAGGAAAAUAUGACGCACAUCAGUGAUACAGAGGAACUGAGAGUGACAACUGAGUAGUGUAAGGUCUACUUCAGUGACACGUUAGAACGUGGUGUGAUCAGUGUCUUUACUGUGUGUGAGUGCUUGAAAAUUAAAUACUAGAAAUUAGUUUAGGAAUUUAAUAUCAAUCAUUGUAGGGAAGAGAAGACACUUGCGCUGGAAUUUAGGUUUUGGGAUGAUCCAUAUCUUCAAGAAUGUAUGUUUCUAUUUAAGCUGCUGAAUUGUGUUGAGAAGAGCAGAUAUUGGUCCACUUUGAACUGUACUGUAUAUCUUUUUGUCCAGAGACCCUCAAGAAAAGAAGACAAAAUUAGUUUUUUUUAAUAGUGCGUGUGAAUAGCAGAUAUACCCAAUAAUUUAUGGGCACCAUCUUACCAUACUGAUAAUUUAUUUUCCAUAACACUGCAAUUUACUUUGGUUAUCCUAGUUUUUUAUGGCUAUUUCACUUGGCAUGGAUUAUUGUGCUUUUUUCCUCCAUUCUGUGGUGCUUUGCGCCUGUAGAAGCACUGACAUCUAAAUGUAUUCUGGACAGCUCCACAUUUAAAAAAGCUUUCCAGUGUAAUGUUUCCAUUUGCGGUAAAACACACAGUGCUUCUUCAUGCUGACUUGAAUUGACACUACAGUUCCAAAUCUUGGUUAUUUUGAUUCCAAGGUGGAGCAUGGGCAAAUUAACCAACACAAUUUCUAAUAAUAGCUUAGAAGUGGAGGUAGAGCAUUGCAACAGCUGCUAAACUCCCCACCAGACACUUAGUUCACUGCUGUAAAUUGCCAAAAAAAAAAAAGAAGAAAAAAAGAAAAGACAACCAACAACCAUCAAAUACAUUCUAACAACUGGUGCUAAAAAACAUCUGUGGUGCUUUUUUUAUUUCCUUGUUUUUUUUCCUAGCUUCAGACAAAAUGUAGCUACAAAAUCGUGUACUGUACUGUAGAUCACUGCUUGGCCGGUCGAUCGAUCUGCUGCGCUCAUGAGGCAGAGGUGUAAGGGGUUUUCUCCAAUGUCCUUUCAGGAAAUUCCAAGAUUCAAUUUGACAAACUUUUUGGAGAGGCACAUUUCAAAGCAAGUGAAAUUGAUAGAGCAUUGAUUGGAAUUGACAGUGCUUCUACAUCAGGCUUAUUGGUGGGUUCAAAUAGUAUCUACUUAUUGUCUUUGGUGCUGAGCGUAAUGUUCAUAUUAAACUUUUGAUAUAUUGUCCAUCAGAAUCCAUGUAGAGGCUUUUAAACGUGACAGAGAAAGAAGGUUUCCCUUCACAAAGCAGGCUGUAGAUCCUAUUGGAAAGUUCUUACAAAACCAAACUUCUCCAAAACCCCAAAAUAGAUAGAUGUACCAUAAAUUGUGAUUGCCAGAGGAAGCAUCAUUCUGUGAUUAAAAUAUUUGUCAUUGCUGCCUUGUUACAAGAAAAUUUUAAAUGAAUCAGUAACUGAUAGUUAUUUGUAUUCUUAUUAUUAGAAAAUGCAAUACAAAUGGAAGAAGAACAAACUAAACUCAUAUCUUCUAAUUGUUCUGUCUUCCUGACAUGAGUUGAGUUGUAUUUAAAACAUAACUAACAUUAUUAUUUUUCAUUAUAGGCAUAAACAACUCUGUACCUCAAAAUAUCGCUUCAUGAAAAUCUGAAGUCUUCAUGUGUACCUUGUACAUUUUUUCACCUUUAAGAAGUCCAUUCUCAUUAUGCUUUUUAUAUUGGUUUGCACAAACACUGAUAGGAAUGUAUGGCUACUGUAAUUCCUGCUCACACCCCACUCUUUUCCCUAAAACGUGAAAGCAAUUGAAUUCAACAAUCUUUUGUAUUUUAAAUGUCUUGGUAUGCUUGUUGUAGUUGUAUAUUCAGAAUGGUGUAUAUUACAUCGUUUUUAUUUAAUAAAAUGUUUAAAUUUUC